AUGAACUCAGCAAUUUUUAAGAUUUUACUUAUUUUGUCUCUUAUGACACAAUCUUUUGCUUGGACGCUAACCUUAGGUGGCAAGGUUUAUGAUGGCAAUACUAAUCAAGAUUGCACGGCUGCUUUUGGUAAAACAGGUACCCAAUUGGAUUGGACUCGUAAGUUGUUUUCUGGCUGCUGUGUUCGAUUAUAUCCAGAUUCUGCAUGUAAAAAGCAACAAAUUGGUUAUUCUUGCAAAGAUUGGAAAAAAACAUUAAGUCAAAAUGUUGGCUCUUUCAAAGUUGAAAGCU